AUGUGUCUGGAGGUUCAGUUGGUGAUUGACAGGACCACCAUCUCUAGUACAGAGACUGAAGAAUGGGUAGAGUUUCUCAGUGAAGGAACAGUCAGUAAAGGCAUAAAGAAGAUCUGCAAUAUCUACGGAAGUGGAGUGUCCCUCCCAGCCCCCACAAAAAGAUUUCUGGCACCUGGCCAGCGCUUCUUAUCACCUUAUGACCUCAAGACCACUGACUCUGUCCUUCUCAAAAAUGAAUAUGAAAGAGUGAAGUCCAUGCUGGGGAAGAUGGAGGCUAAAAUAAAACUGAUGAUCCAGGAGAGACAGAUGAAGAACUCAGCCAAGCCCAGCAAGAAAUCUGCACACAAACAGAUUGCAGACAGUCUGCAGGUCUUUACUGAUUUGCAGCAGUCUGUAGAGAGAAGUCUGGCCAAUCUCAUUGACACAAUUGAGGAAAAGCAGAAAAAGUCACAGAAACAGGCCGAAGGAUUCAUCCAAGAGCUGGCGCAGGAAAUCUCUGAGCUGACUAAGAGAAGGACUGAGAUGGAGAAACUCUCAUGCACCAAAGACCACCUUGACUUACUAAAAGUCAGUGUCCCUCCCCCAUCAUAUAAGGAAAAUGUGAACACAGCUGUGGAAAAUGUCAUCAAAGAGAUGAAGACGCAGUUUGCAGUGGACGUGACUCUAGAUUCUGAUACAGCAAAUUCCAACCUCAUCUUGUCUGACGAUGGGAAUCAAAUAUACUGUGGUGAUACUGGGGUACAUCAAAACCUCCCAGACAAGCCAGAAAGAUUUAAACCUGCUAUCAAUGUCCUGGGAGAGCAGGGUUUUUCUUCAGGUAGAUUUUACUUUGAGGUUCAGGUUAAAGGGAAGACUGCCUGGGAUUUAGGUGUUGUCAAGGAGUCUGUCAUUAGGAAGGGAUCAAUCUCUGCAAAGCCUGACCAUGGCUACUGGACUAUAUGUUUGAGGAAUGGAGAUAAGUACAAAGUUUCUGCUGUCUCUCUUAGUGUAGCAUAUCAGCCAAAGAAAGUGGGCGUGUUUGUGGAUUAUGAGAACUGUUUAGUCUCCUUUUAUGACGUAGAUGCUGCAGAACAUAUCCACUGCUUUACUGAUUGUUCCUUCAAUGAGAAACUCUUCCCAUUCUUCAGUCCCGGUGUCCAUCAUGGUGGUACCACACUAAAAAACAAAGCUUGA